AUGCCGUUCCAGGCUUUUGUCGCCGCAGCAUACUCAAGUUUGUCUUUGGUGGUCCUCCUCGUACUCUCAUACACUUUGGUAUGCAUCCCUGUCGCUACUGGAUUAUUUCGACUGCCGGAAAACAGUAUCAUCGUUGGCAGCAAUUCAUUUGCGAUAGCGGCAUCGUGUCAUGUCUCUCCACUCUCACAAGCCGAUUCCAAGGCGACCGACGACGCAGAACUUGAGACUGGAUCAGAGCGUCCAGUCGACGGUCAAAACUCUGAUGAUUGCUUCGCAUCAGCCGCUUCACAUGGGUCAAACGAGCUUCUGACUAAAAUUUCUCAAUGUGAGCUCAAAUGGGGUGUGGUCAGUGUCCCAGCGGGCUGGCCGCUGAACGACUCGGAUGAUCUGGAAGAAGACGCUCCUUCCGUGGGCCACAUCAGCUUUGGUACCAAGAUAGAUGAGGUUUCAGCACCGGAAGUGGGUAAGCUCUAUGCUUAA